UAUUUUCUUUUAUUACGUGUUAAAGAGGAAAAUGGUAAAUUGAUAUAUACAGAUAUCUACCAACUAAUAUAUGGACGGACCCCUAGUUAGACAAUAAUUACAAUGAGUUGAAAUCCAAUCAAUUGAUUAGAAGAAAGUAUUUUACUUGCUAUUGUUAAUAGUAAAAAUAAAAGUGAACAAUAGGUCUUCUUUGGCCAUAAAAAGGAGGGUGAGCUUGUUGAUCUUGUCGGUACAGAGCUCUCUACUCUUCUAUUACUUUCUUGAAAACCAUUUUACCUAUAUAUGUUGUUCAUAGGUUGCUUCUGUGAAGGAAGUACCAGAGCGAAGAGAUUGAUUUGAUCACUGUUCGAAAGGCUUAAUUUCUCAUAAUAUUGAUUGUUAUAUAGGAAGAACCAUCUGCUAGAAACAGGUACGUUGAAGAUAAUAUAAUAUGAGUACAGUGUUCCUGCACAAUUCAUAUAAUUAAUUAAUAAGAAUCACAGAUUGUAUUUGAGAAAGAAAGAAAAGAAAGAUUAGAGAAGAAUGUGGAGGCUAAAGAUAGCAAGAAGGUGGCAACGAGCUCAUUACUUAUACAGCACUAACCAAACUACGUAGGAAGGCAAAAAUAUGGUGAGUUCGAUUCCUGAUGCAGCGACUCACAACUACGUAGGAAGGCAAAUAUGGGAGUUCGAUCCUGAUGCAGGGACUCCUGAGGAGCGUGCUGCGGUGGAACAAGUUCGUCAAAAUUUCUACAACAACCGGCAUCAGGUCAAGCCCAGCAGUGACCUUCUCUGGCGUAUGCAGUUUCUCAAGGAGAAGAACUUUAAGCAAACAAUACCCGCAGUGAAAAUAGAAGAGGGCGAACAGAUCACAUACGACAAGGCAACAGCAGCUUUGAGAAGGGCAGUCCAGUUCUUUUCGGCACUGCAGGCCAGUGAUGGUCAUUGGCCUGCUGAAAAUGCUGGGCCCUUGUUCUUCCUCCCUCCACUGGUUAUGUGCGUUUACAUAACGGGACAUUUGGACACCGUCUUCCCACCGGAGCAUCGCAAGGAAAUCCUUCGCUACAUAUACUACCAUCAGAAUCAAGAUGGUGGGUGGGGCCUGCACAUUGAAGGCCACAGCACCAUGUUCUGCACUGUUCUCAGCUACAUCUGUAUGCGUAUUCUUGGAGUUGGACCUGAUGGCGGUCAGGAUAAUGCCUGUGCCAGAGCCAGAACCUGGAUUCAUGACCACGGCGGCGUCACUUACAUACCCUCCUGGGGCAAGACUUGGCUCUCUGACCACGGCGUGUACGACUGGUCUGGAAGCAAUCCAAUGCCUCCAGAAUUUUGACUUCCUUCAUUCCUUCCAAUUGUCCAGCGAAAAUUGUGGUGCUACUGCCGGAUGUACAUGCCAAUGUCUUAUUUGUAUGGGAAGAGGUUUGUGCCAAUUACGCCUCUCAUUCUUGAAUUGAGACGAAGAACUCCAACACUUCAACCUUAUCAUUCAAAUCCCAAUUGGAAAGAAAAACACCGGACCUGCUACUAUCCGCAUCCUUGCUGCAAGGACAUAAUGUGGGACACUCUUUACUUGUUCAACGAGCCUCUUCUGACUCGUUGGCCCUUUAGCAGCUUUAUCAGAAACAAAGCUCUUCAAGUUCAACCAUGAAACAUAUUCAUCCUAUGAAGGAUGAAAACAAGCCGCUACAUAACCCUUGGAUGUGUGGAGAAGGUGCUAUGCAUGUUGGCUUGCUGGGUCGAAGACCCUGACGGCGAUUAUUUCAAGAAACAACCUUGACACCUUGCUAGGAUUCCAGAUUAUCUUUGGGUUGCUGAGGAUGGAAUGAAAAUGCAGAGUUUUGGAAGCCAGCAGUGGGAUACUGGAUUUGCAAUUCAGGCACUGAUUGCUACUAAUUUUACACAAGAAAUUGGAGACGUGUUAAAGAGAGGCCAUAAAUUCAUAAAGGAAUCUCAAGUGAAGGCCAAUCCUUCAGGCGACUUCAAGAGCAUGCACAGGCAUAUUUCAAAGGGAUCAUGGACUUUCUCUGACCAAGAUCACGGAUGGCAAGUUUCUGAUUGCACUGCCGAAGGACUUAAGUGUUGCCUUCUUUUCUCAAUGAUGCUUCUUUUCUCAAUGAUGCCACCAGAGACUGUUGGGUGACAAAGUAGAGUCUCACAGUUGUACGAUGCUGUCAAUAUAGUUCUUCUCUGCAGUAAAAAUGGAGGCUUAGCUGCAUGGGAGCCUGCUGGGGCUCAAGAAUGGUUAGAAAUACUAAAUCCUACAGAAUUUUUCGCUGACAUUGUGAUUGAGCAUGAAUAUGUGGAGUGCACUUCAACCGCAAUCCACGCUUUAAUUUUUUUCAAGAAAUUACACCCAGGACAUCGAAAGCAUCGAAAGAAAGAGAUUGAGAAUUUCAUCGUGAAUGCUGUAAGAUACUUGGAAAAUGUACAAACCAGGGAGGGUGGAUGGUAUGGGAAAUGGGGAGUUUGCUUCACUUAUGGAACAUGGUUUGCACUGGGAGGCCUUGCCGCUUCUGGCAAGACCUACAACAAUUCUGCUGUUGUCCGAAAAGGUGUUGAUUUUCUCCUCAGAAUUCAAAAAGAAGACGGAGGCUGGGGAGAAAGCUACCUUUCAUGCCCUACAAUCAUAUGAUUUUAAUUAAUUUGGUUUCAAAAGUCAAGACAAACAAGUGGCUAAAAGUAAGUUGCUGUGCAGAAAUAUGUAGCUCUAGAAGGAAAGCGAUCAAAUUUGGUACAUACAGCUUGGGCAAUGAUGGGUCUAAUCAGCGCAGGACAGGUGAGUGGUCUGAAAUGACUA